AUGGGAUCUUUACCAUCAGUUCGUUGUACUCCAGCUAGAGCAUUUAGUAACAGCGGAGUAGACUACGCGGGACCCAUCAAUAUAAGAACAAGUAAAGGAAGAGGAAAUCAUUCCUACAAAGGUUAUAUUUGUCUAUUUGUAUGUAUGUCCACACGUGCUAUACACUUAGAAUUAGUUAGCGACAUGAGUACUCAAGCAUUUUUAGCAGCCUUCAGAAGGUUCGUGUCCAGGCGCGGUCAUUGUUCCCAUUUAUGGAGUGAUAAUGGCACAACGUUCGUAGGUGCCUCCAAGGAACUUAAACAAUUAGUUAAGGCAGCUCACAAGUCGGCUGCUGCGGAAUUAGCAACCCAUGGCACAGAAUGGCACUUUAUCCCGCCUCACGCGCCCAACUUUGGAGGUCUUUGGGAAGCGGGCAUAAAAUCGACAAAAUUUCACCUCAAGCGAGUUAUUGGUGAUUCAAUGCUCACGUUUGAAGAAAUGACCACACUGCUUAACCAAAUAGAAGCUUGUUUAAACUCUAGACCAAUAACGGUCAUGGACAACACCGACGUGAUUGAACCUCUUCCAUUAACACCAGGACAUUUUCUAAUAGGCGAACCAUUAGUUGCAGUGCCUGAUCCUAAUUAUGAAAGUUCGAAGAUCAAUUCACUUAGUAGAUGGCAGUUACUUCAAAAAUGUAUCAAAGCUUUUGGCGACGUUGGAGGUUUCACAGGCAUCACACAGGAGUAUGAGAGGCCCGAGGCGCCUAAGCUGGUGGUGCAGACGGUGGGCCGCUCCAUCGAGGAGUCCACCAUGGAUGUCAUACACCUGCUUGAAUCCGAGAGCAGAUUAUGUUUCCUCAGUUAUUUGGCGCGAUAA